CGUGAGGCUGGAUUAGCCACAAGUUGUGGUGAAGUAGGGUAAAUUCGGUGUGCCUCUUACUCUUCUCUUUACUUCUCAUUUGAAUUUUUUAUUCCUGCGAUUUCUACAAUCAAACGCUAUUCACCCCCCCUAUAGCGUUGGUUAUUUAUUCUAACAGUUGGUAUCGGAGCCUAACUCGCGUCCAAAGUUAACCGUUUGAGAGAAAAGCGAUCAUGGGUUCUUCUUCUAGAAAUCUUUAUGCAGGGAUUGGAGAAGGUCAAUCAACCUCUAGGCCACCACUCUUCGAUGGCACCAACUACACAUAUUGGAAAGAGCGGAUGAGAAUUUAUAUCCACUCAACCAACUUCCAAUUGUGGUUGGUCAUCAAGAACGGCAAAGAAACGCCAAUGAAGAAGGUUGGGGAGAAACUCGUCCCAAAGACCGAGGAUGAAUUUGAUGCCGAAGACAUCAAAAAGGUAGUGAACUACGCCAAGGCAAUCAACAUGCUUUACUGUGCGGUCAACCCCGACAACUAUCGCAAGAGAUCUUGCUGCACAACCGCCAAAGAGAUGUGGGACAAGCUCGAGGUUACAUAUGAAGGUACGGACCAAGUUCGGGAAGCCAAAAUUGACUUCCUCACGCAGGAGUACGAGAUGUUCAGAAUGAAGGAAGGCGAGAAGAUCGAUGACAUGUUCGAUCGCUUCUCAAAGAUCAUCAAUGAGCUUCAUGCUCUUAAGAAGACAUACGACAACAAGGAUCUCAUAAAGAAAAUCCUGCGGAGCCUCACCCCCGAAUGGAGAUCAAAAGCCGACGCAAUCUACGAAUCCAUCGGAGUCUCCAACGUCACCAUCAACAGAUUAAGAGCUAACCUUAAAACUUAUGAAUCCACUAUUCUAACCCCGUCUUUGGAUGAACAAAAGAAGAAAGGAAUAGCGCUUAAAGCAACCAAGGAAACAGUGGAAGAAGUCUUAAGUGAUGAUGACAACGAGUUUGGACUCGUCAUCGAGAAAUUCCACAAGUUCAUGAAAAAGGAAUUUGAGCGCAAAGGAAGAAAGCACGACAGUCCCCCGAAGUGCUAUGGCUGUGGCGAGAUAGGCCACAUCAGGCCGAGGUGUCCAAGAGGCAAAAACGGAAAGGGCAAACCCGGCUUCAAAAAGCAAAGAGCGUAUAUCUCUUGGGGUGGCGACUCCGGCGACGAGUCAACUGACCAAAAAGAGGAUGAAGCUGCCAACCUCUGUCUUAUGGCACACGAAGACCAAAUCGACGAUGUACAAGAAGAUUAGGCUUUAAAAAAAACGAAGCUAAGGAUAAAAACAUUGAGCAAACACCUAGACAACCUCCUAAGACUCAACGUAAGAAAGCUAAAAAUCAGGA